AUGCUUUCCUUUGUUCUAAUCUUUGGGGUAGCUCUUCUCAUGGGUUUUCCUUUCGUCCGUCGGUGGGGGCUUCAGGUGGAUUCUUCUGAGGUGGAGAUGUGGUGGACAGAGAGUCGUGAACAUGUCUUGUGGUGUUAUGGCCGUUUUACUAAGUCCGGAGAGGAGUUUUGUGUGGCGAACAUUUAUGCCCCUUGUGAUGAUAUGGCUAAACAACGGUUGUGGGAGACUAUUUCGGAGCGGCUUCACUCAUUAGCGGGGAAGAGAGUGUGUGUGUGGGGGGAUUUUAAUGCCGUGAAACAUGUGGAUGAACGACGAUCGGUUCGGGGUGGUCAUCGUUCCUUGGAUCACGUUCCUUUUAGCCGGUUCAUAGAAGAUAACACCUUGGUUGAUCUUCCCUUGAUUGGUCGCAAGUUUACUUGGUUUAAAGGGGAUGGGUUAUCAAUGAGCCGCCUUGAUAGAUUUCUCCUCUCUGAGGAAUGGUGUUUGGUCUGGCCAAACUAUAGGCAAGUAGCUAGGUUGAGAGGGUUAUCUGACCACUGUCCCCUGGUCUUAUCUAUGAAUGAGGAAGAGUGGGGACCUCAUCCGUCUAGGAUGCUUAAGUGUUGGAGGGAUGUGCCUGGCUAUCACGUGUUCGUAAGAGAGCAGUGGAAUUCGCUCCAGGUUGAUGGUUGGGGUGGUUAUGUGCUUAAAGAAAAACUUAAGUUGAUUAAGGCAGGGCUGAAAGAGUGGCAUAAGGUUCACUCUCAAAACCUUCCUAGUCGAAUUGACAGUUUGAAAGCUAGGCUUUCGGCCCUUGAUGAGAAGGGUGAGGAAGAGGCUCUCUCUGAGGAGGAGUUAGUGGAAUUUCGUGGGGUUUCGUUGGAUAUUCACCCGCUUUCGCGGUUGCAUGCAAGCAUCAGUUGGCAACAAUCUCGUUCGUUGUGGCUUAAGGAGGGAGAUGCUAAUUCGAAGUAUUUUCAUUCGGUUUUGGCGAGUCGCCACUGA